AUGGAGAACAACAACAAUCAGUCGUCUUUCUGGCAAUUCAGCGACAAUCUCCGCCUCCAGACCAACAAUUUUAGCCAAUUUAUCACUCAACGAUUCCAUCUGGAGCACCAAUUACGGAUCCAAGCGCCCCGCCGAGGAGCGCCGCAACUUUCGAUUUCCGUAACGCCGGCGACGGCGGGCUCCGCCGCCCGUCGCCCGCCUCGCCUUACGGGCGGGGGUCGGGCGGCCCCGGUGAACGAUCUGAAGUCCCGAUUUCAACCUAGGGGUUCAACAGCCGAUGUUUGGGAAGGCUCCCGAAUUAACGAGGGGUUUCCGGCGGGGGGGGGUUUUGCUAACAACAACAACGUGGUGGUGAACGGGAGGGUGAACAAGGGCGGUAAGAACGAGGAGGAGCACGGGGGUAAAACGGGAAAGAAGAAUAAAUCGAACAAGGAGAGUAAUGGAAACGGUGAAAACAAGUCGUCGGUGGAUAAGCGGUUCAAGACCCUCCCGCCGGCGGAAUCUCUGCCGAGGAACGAGACCAUCGGUGGUUAUAUUUUCGUCUGCAAUAACGACACUAUGUCGGAGAAUCUCAAAAGGGAGCUCUUUGGUUUGCCGCCUCGUUAUCGCGACUCCGUUCGAGCAAUAACUCCCGGGUUGCCUCUCUUCCUCUACAACUACUCUACACAUCAACUCCAUGGAGUCUUUGAGGCUGCAAGUUUUGGUGGCACUAACAUUGACCCCUCGGCUUGGGAGGACAAGAAAAACCCUGGCGAAUCACGUUUUCCUGCUCAGGUUCGUGUAGUAACGAGGAAGAUAUGCGAGCCUUUGGAAGAGGAUUCUUUCAGGCCAAUUCUCCACCACUACGACGGUCCCAAGUUCCGUCUCGAACUGAACAUACCCGAGGCGCUCUCUCUGUUGGAUAUAUUUGCUGAGGACAAGUGAUGUGUUGAGGUGGAAGUUAAUUUAAAGAUGAAUGAGAAAUGGAAUUAGUAGGGUUGUGUGUGUGUUUUUGUACAUAAUAAAGUUAUGGAAUGUAGAGGAGUUUUUUUUUUGGUGGUGGAAGAAAUAACAAGUGUAGUCACUCCUUGCAAUUGUAAUAUGAUGGCAGAGGAAAAGCCCAGCAGCAUAUACACAAACUCGACUCUAUAUAGUAUAUAUAGAUGAUAUACAAGUGUUUUUUUUUUAUGAA